GUAAUGAUACAUCUCCAAUGUUGACUGCUGUGCCAUUCCAGUCUGGUCACGACCUGAAUAUGACUUGGGUAAUUAUCAUUGUAGCAGCAGCUGUAAUACUAUCUGUGGCUAUUGUAGUGUCCAUAACACUGUGUGUUUUCAGAUGUAUUAAUCACACAAAUAACUCACCCACAACAGCAGAGAAUCCCAACUUUCUCUCUCAGACUGAGAUGAGACAAUUACUGUAUCAGACUAACAAUCCUGUUGCAAUAACGAGAAAUGCAGAAGAGAUAUUUAACCGAAAUCUUCAGACAAUAAAAUCUAAAAGUCAGUUUUUUCUGGAGAUGGAACAGACACCAGAUGAGUGGAAAUUCUCAACAACACAGAGGAGACUUCCACCUGUGCCUCAGAGAUGUGAUUCAAUCCAUAGUCAAGGACGUCGUACCAGUUCCAUCAUGUCUUACAACAGUGACACCUUAACAUCCCAAAAGGACAGAGAAGCUAGCAAGAGUAAUGGCAAGACUAAACCAUAUGAUGAGAUACCUGCAGAACCAGAAUAUACCAAUGACAAUCCAGUUGCAUCCACAAUACUAAAGGGACAACAAAUACAAGAUACCUAUCUACAGCCAACAUAGUAGAUGUUCCAUGACUAUUGUUAAAUGAUUCUCUCUCACACCAAAUCUUAUACAAUACUUUAUAUUCCUAUAAAA